CAUGUUCCAAGAUGGCCGGUUUCGAUACAAACAAAUCGUAAUACGCAGCAGUGUGCUGGAUUCGCGAACUGAGUCGCGACCCGUUAAAAAUCUUUGAAAAUCUUCGCCCCUGCGGUGCAAGGCACUGGAUGUAGGUAGACUUUUUGCAAUUAAUUUUCGCAUCGAAGAGCGUCGAUUUUGCGGCCUCCUCGGAUCGCCAAUCGAGGGCUUUCCUGACCCGCUCAAUAGGACAUUUUCCGGACCUCGUACGGGGACUUCUCGAGCCUCGCGUUUUCUACUUCCAAAUAAGGCGAGCUCGCAUUCGCACGCCGGCUCGCAUUAUUCGGGAGAAUUUCGUGCACUCGUUUCUGCAGUCUUUUCGUUUCGUUUCCUCCCGGUCUGGUGCCGGAUUUAUCGUUUCGCGACUCGGAUGCGGCAGUUCCUCUUGAAGAGAUCUCGUCUUGGGCUCUUGCUGGUUAAGUUGCAGCUAUGAAAAAUGUUUGGCACUCUUCGGAGACUCCUAAACCUCCAGUGGCUUCGCAGAUGAAACCGAUCAUGGAGUAGAGACAACUGCGGAAAGAUGGCAUACGAUCCGAGAAACGUCAAGUACCCACCAAAUGUUCACUCGCAACAGCAUCCUCAGACCAACAUGACGGGCUAUCCCUAUGGAAGCCACCCUGUUCAGCACGGACAACGCACCGACGAGAACAGAAACGAAAAUGGCUGUGGCAACAAAGAGAUGUGCACUCAGAGCACGCAUCAGUCUUCCGGUACUCAGACCAUACAGAAAGUAGACGCAGCUACUAUGACCGACCCGCUGCAAAUCGACUUCCGUCUGACUUCGGAAUACCUGGCUCGUUGCUCGAGCACCCUGGGCCUACCGUACGUCUCCAAGUACGAGGAGAACAGCAACACCUCCUCGCACAACUGUCAAGAAGUUCGACCAAAAAUCGAAUUCGAGGUGGAGCCUCAGCACAUCAACGGAAUGUUGGUGUACCAAUGUCCAGAGUGUGCAUACCGCUUUGAAGACAGAGAGGCUUUGCACGAGCACCUGGAGGACCACAGACAGCGACCCCACAUCUGCGAUAUCUGCGGGGCGAGUCUGAAACGUAAGGAACACCUGGACCGUCACAAGCAGGGCCACAACAAGGACCGACCCUACAGAUGCAACAUGUGCUGCAAGGCCUUCAAGCGCAACGAGCACCUAGCUCGCCACGUGAUCAUCCACUCUGGCAGCAAGAACCAAGUGUGCACGGAGUGUGGAAAAGCAUUUUACAGGAAGGACCAUCUGAAGAAGCAUUUGCAGAGCCACAGCAGCAGCAGAAACAAACCACUGAAUCCAUCCCAGAAUAAUCAGGGUGCCCCAGGCUCGAGUGAAGAAGCACUAGGAGGCUUCGCCAUGAUGAUGAGGCAGGCCGGACCGCCUCCGUUCUCCAUCCUGAGGACAUAGUCCUAAAAUCUCCCAAUCAAUUGGUAUCGUGGAAUCGAGAAACGCGUGCCGAAAUAGCCGAACGUCUCUCGUCUGGGAAUACGUCGUCACAAAAAGAGUGCACGUCUCGACACUGUUGGUUCUAAACGGUCAGCUGUUACCAAGUGACUCGUCGAUUUAUCGUUUCCCCUUUCCUACCGCGGUUACGUGUGACGGUGUUUUGUGUCGAAUCGAGUGCACGAAGUGAUUCGUUGAGCUCCUACAAAAGUCCCCUUGCUUCGCCCAUAAUCCAUACGUUCCGUUU